AUGUUCCCUCACCUGGCUCCGUCAACGACGACCGCGGCCGAUCAGGAGAUGGAACCAGCUUCCCUGCUGGGUCGGAGGGACAGGCAGGAGGAGGCGAAGGAGACACCGGAGAAGUUCCCGAGACCGGCGGGCAAAGGUCAGAAUCCCUUGACAGACAAGGCCUGCACAGCAGAGGCACCGGCUCCGACCAAUGCCCCCACAUCGGCGGCUCCUGCCGCUCCCAGCACUCCCCCGAAAGGGAAGGAAGAGGGCCGUCCGAAUCGUAGCCGAGCUCGACAAUGGACACAGGAAGAAUGGGACUCCUGGACCAGCUGGAGCACGAACAACAAGGAGCUCACGAACAAGGAGCUGCAGAGGGAGGUGGAGUCCCUGAAGGAGAACGUUCGUUUGUUGGCAAGGAUCUCUAUGAGACACGAGGACGAGCUGAGCCAGAAACGUACGGAGACGGACUUCAUCCUCACGUUGGAGGUUGCCCCACCCAAUGCCACCCCGGAACAGGAGGGUCUGCUGGAGCAGUUGUACAAAAUGACGGUCGAGUGGAAGAAGCUCCAAGAGCAAGGAAAGGUCAACAACUCCUUGCGACUUACUUUGUUCAUCGGCCUCCUCAUGUACUACGAGCUCAAGGCGCAGGAGGCAACAGCCUCGGCAGACACCGUGGACAGGCUUGCCCAACUGGGCUACAUCCGGGAGUUGGAGCCGUCGGAUCAGCCGCCGCUGUCGGAUACGGAGCUUCGAAGCCUCUUCACGGUUCUGAAGACCAGCAUCGAGGCACCGGGAGUGCUAAUACGGUUCCACAGCUCUCGAAAGCUGGUGGAGCAGCACAAGACGGCUGUGACGUUCUUCCUGAGAAUAGGGAUGAGGGAUCCUCAAGCUCUCAUCUGUUACCGGGCCUUGCAGCAGCUCAGCUACAAUGCCAGCACCCAGUUGGUCAAGAUGAGGCUAAAGCCGGUUCGGAUGGAGCGCCAGCCCCUCGUGAAGGUCCUCCAGGAGAGGUUCCCAGCGCCACCCACCAGGACGGAGGAGCAAAGGGUCACGUUUUUGGCCAAGGCCCAGCAGCAGUGGCGAAAAGGGAAGAGGCGAGGCCGGGGCAGACAACAGGAGACCCAGGAGACCCCAGAUCAGACUCUGGAAACGGCGGCUGCCGCCUUUCGGGGCCAAUGA